UCACACGGAGGCAAGAUGGCGGCUUCCCGUGGCAGGUAUUGUACCGCUCAGACUAGGUGGGUGCUGCUGAUUGUGCUGCUGUGUGUGAGCGCUCGGGCUGUGGACCGCAGCAACUUCAAAACAUGCGAGCAGAGCGCCUUCUGCAAGCGUCAGAAGGAGCUGAAGCCGGGGCAGUCUCCGUACAGAGCUCUGCUGGACACACUGGAGCUGAGCGACUCCAGAAUCACCCUGCAGCUCAUCAAUGACAACAACAAGGUGCGCUUGUUGCUUGAGCUGUACAGACUGCAGGGCAACAUGACACGGGUCAAGAUUAAUGAACUCAAGCCACUUAAGCCUCGUUACGAGGUUCCGGAUGUGCUCAUCUCUGAUCCCUUUACUGAAACGCUCUCUGUGGUUUCUCAGGAUGAGAAUAGUCUGGUGUUGUCUCUGGGUGGCAAAGAUCAGCGGCUCAUCGUAAGUGCUCAGCCGUUUCGGCUGGACAUCGUUGAGGGUCCUCAAGUGCUCGUGUCACUCAACUCCCGCGGCCUGCUGGCCUUCGAGCACCUACGAGCACGCAAGGACACUAUCUCUCAUAAAAUAAGUAGCACAGUUGGUAGCAUGUGGGACUCGCUCAAGAGCAUUUUCUCUAGUAAAAGUGAGUUGGAGCAAGUGACAGAACAGGAGAAUGUGGAGCAGCGAACGGAUGAGGAUGGACAGAUAAAAGAAGAAGAGGAUAAACCGGGCAUGUGGGAGGAAACAUUUAAAUCUCAUACUGAUUCAAAGCCCAAUGGUCCAUCGUCUAUUAGUUUAGAUUUUUCUCUCCCAGGUGUGGAACACGUCUAUGGCAUUCCGGAACACGCAGACACACUCAAACUGAAAAACACCGAUGGAUCAGACCCGUAUCGGCUGUACAACUUGGAUGUUUUUCAGUAUGAGCUACACAACCCAAUGGCUCUUUAUGGGGCAGUUCCUGUCCUCAUAUCUCACAGCACUGACCGCACCAUGGGCAUCUUCUGGCUCAAUGCAGCAGAGACAUGGGUGGACAUCAGCUCAAAUACUGCAGGAAAGAUGAUGUUUGGGAAAAUACUGGACUUCGUACAAGUUUCUAGUGAAGCUCCUCAGACGGAUGUACGCUGGAUAUCUGAGAGUGGUAUUAUUGAUGUCUUUAUCAUGCUGGGACCAAAACCUGCAGAUGUCUUCACUCAGUAUGCCUCACUUACAGGCACUCAGUCAUUUCCUCCUCUCACGGCGCUGGCAUACCAUCAAUGCCGCUGGAACUAUAAUGAUCAGGAGGACGUAAAGUCUGUCGAUCAGGGCUUUGAUGAGCAUGACAUCCCGUAUGACUUCAUUUGGCUGGACAUUGAACAUGCAGAUGGAAAACGCUACUUCACCUGGGACCCCAGCAAGUUCCCCCAACCUAAAGAAAUGCUGCAGGGCCUGAUGGACAAGAGACGCAAGCUAGUGGCCAUUGUAGAUCCUCACAUUAGGGUGGACAGCGGCUAUAAGAUUCACAAUGAGAUUCUCUCCAAAAACUUUUAUGUCAAGAACAAAGAUGGAGGAGACUAUGAAGGCUGGUGUUGGCCAGGGAAUUCGGGCUAUCCUGACUUCACUAACCCUGAGAUGAGAGCCUGGUGGGCCAGCAAGUUUGCCUAUGAGCAGUAUGAGGGUUCCAUGGAGAAUCAGUACGUGUGGAAUGACAUGAACGAGCCGUCUGUGUUUAAUGGGCCUGAGGUCACCAUGCACAAAGAUGCUCUUCAUGGAGGCUGGGAGCACAGAGACGUUCACAACCUUUAUGGCCUCUAUGUGCAAAAGGCGACCGCUGACGGCCUGGUUGAGCGUUCAGGAGGUGUGGAGAGACCUUUCGUUCUGACCCGGGCGUUCUUUGCUGGAUCCCAGCGUUACGGUGCGGUGUGGACGGGAGAUAACGCCGCUGAAUGGGGUCAUCUGAAGAUCUCCAUCCCCAUGUGCUUGAGCCUGGGCUUAGCGGGCAUCUCUUUCUGUGGAGCUGAUGUUGGCGGUUUCUUUAAACAUCCCAGCGCUGAGCUUUUGGUGCGAUGGUACCAGGCGGGAGCUUACCAGCCGUUUUUCCGUGCUCAUGCUCACAUAGACACGCCCCGCAGGGAACCCUGGCUGUUCGGACCCGAGAACACCGCCCUCAUCCGGGAGGCCAUACGCCAGCGAUACGCUCUCCUGCCGUACUGGUACCAGCUUUUCUACAACGCACACCGCACUGGAUAUCCUGUUAUGAGACCUUUGUGGGUAGAGUAUCCUGAUGAUGUCGCCACUUUCUCAAUCGAGGAUGAGUACUUGAUCGGGAAGGAUUUGCUGGUGCAUCCCGUCACUGAUGAGGGUGCUACUGCUGUUACUGCCUAUCUGCCGGGGAAAGGAGAGGUCUGGUAUGAUGUUCACACUUUCCAGAAGCAUGAUGGGGAGCAGAGCCUCUACAUUCCUGUCACCAUGAGCUCCAUCCCAGUUUUCCAGCGAGGAGGGUCCAUUAUCUGCAGGAAAGACCGAGUUAGGAGAUCUUCGUCCUGUAUGGAGAAUGACCCAUACACUCUCUAUGCUGCUCUCAAUUCUCAGGGCUCUGCUGAAGGAGAGCUGUACAUCGAUGACUUCCAUACCUUCAACUUUGAAAAAGCAAAGCAGUUUGUCCACAGACAUCUGUCUUUCUCCGCCAACACGCUGUCUUCCAGAAAUCUGGCCCCAGACUCCCAGUUUUCCACUGCGUCUUGGAUAGAGAAGAUUGUGAUCAUUGGAGGCAGUCAACCGUCCUCUGCUACUCUGAAAAAUGCAGAUGGUACAGAGUCGGCUUUAGAGUUUGAGUUUGACUCUACACUUGCAGUUUUGACUCUACGUAAGCCAGGGGUCAACGCAGCGGCAGACUGGACCGUAAUCUUGCGGUAACACAAGGACGACAUGCAAACAGAGAAAAGUAUGGCACUUAAUGUCACAUGACCACACACAAACGUUACAAAAUGAGAGACCAAACAGAGAAUGGGAACAUGCACAGAAAAAUCUAAUGUUUUUUAAGAUGAUAUGUGUAUGUGUUGAGACAAAUAUGAAUGAGAUUUUGGGAAGCCAUCAGUUUCAACAGGACCAGGAUAUUAAGAGAGGUGUUUGAUGACAUACUGACUUAAACUCUUUUGUGUGAUUUCACAUGACAGGCUGCAACGUCUCAUUUAGACAGGCAUUUGUCAUUUAAAUUAGCAAUUUAAUAAUUGGUUGAAAGUUAAAACAAAGAAAUAACAUACAGGAUGUUAAUUUAUAGAUUGUACAAAUUAGAUUUUUUUUUUUUCUCAGGUCAUGAAGUGUUUUGGCAUUAAAAAUAAAUUUUAAC